AUGACAACCAAGCCAACAACCUCCACCAAAGCUAGAGAGGACUUUCUAGCUCCUCUCGAUUACCAGGCUGCCUUUAUAAAAUCUUCGAUAUCCGAUAUGGCGAAUCCGCGGAAUUGGAGCGUCGCGAAGAAGCGGUUGUUGUUUGCGGCACUGAUGUCUAGUUCGCUACUUGCCGAUGGAGCAAUGACUUGGGGCGCAACGUUGAUUGUGACCCAGGCCGAGAAUUGGGGUGUUAGUAUCAACUAUUCCGCGACGAGUAUGAAUUAUGGGAUUCUACUUCAGGGUUUUGGGGGAAUAUUUGCUGUUCCGUUUAUCGAGGCUUAUGGAAGACUCCCCGUCUGGUUCUGGACUCAGGUCGUUACCAUGUUCAUGGUCCUCGGCGCUACAUUCUCAACUUCCUACCCCGUCUUCACCACUUUCCGGUCUCUUCAGGGUCUCUUCGGCACUGUGCCGCAAGUCGUCGGACUGUCUAUCAUUCACGACAUGUACGAUCCAAAGGAUUGGCCGCAGAUGAUCAAUAUCUGGGCAACGACGUUCCUCGUCGGACCUUUUCUAGGGCCCGCAAUAGCAGGUUAUUUACUCGUCGCAAGCCAGUAUCGCUGGAUUGUGUCGUUCGGUGUCUUGACUGCUCUUUAUGGCCUGUCAACUGUAUUGAUUAUGUUCUGCGGUUACGAGACUUACUACUACCAAGACAACGAAACCUCUCAUCACAAUAAUAAAUAUUCAACGAUGAACAGGGUAUACUCCUUCAUUGGUCUGAACAACAACAACACCCACCUCGACAAACGCUCCACCUUGGUCUCCGAAUCGAGUACAUUGCUGAAACUGGUAUUCAGACUUCCGCUUUUGCUAACAGGCAUAUCGACGAUGAUCAAUUUCUGCUGGCCCAUCGGAAUCACGGCGACGGUAGAGACGUUUUUGCAUUCGCCGCCGUAUCUGUUUGAUGAGAUUCAGGCGGCGUCUAUGCGGUUUGCAGGUGUUAUUGGCGCUGUUAGUGGAUAUGUAGUCGGCUACUUCUUCAACGAAUGGAUCUACAGACACUACCAAUCCAAGAACAACAUGGCCCUCGGAAACAAAACCAGCACAAACGACGAACUGGGCAGAAUAGCCUCCGAAAACAGCAGUCUCCAAGUCGCCGAUGCGCUCGUCUCUUUCUCUACUCAUCAUGAUGGCGGUGAGCAACACCAAAUGACAUCGUCGGCAUCACCAGGGUGGAGACCAGAGUACAGACUCCACGGCGUCUGGAUCCCCGUCGCCAGUUUGGCAGCUGGUCUAGUCACGUACGGGCUGACCUUGAACUUUGAGAAAUCCUGGCUGGGACUUGCGUUUGGUUGGGUUAUGGUUAAUUUGGCAUACGUCCUCGAGAAAUACCCCUCGCACUCCACCACCGUAAGCGCAAUACUCAACAUGUGGCGCACCUGCGGCGGGKUUUCGGUGGGCUAUUUCCAGGCUAGUUGGAUUGCGCGCAAUGGGGUGGGCGUUGUGUUUGGAGUUCAGGCGGCUGUUGUGGUGGCUGGGGCUAUAGUGUUUGUUGUGCCUGUUUUUGUGUUUUCGAGAAGGAACGGGUGGGCUUGA